AUGGAGCUGCUCGACGCAAUCGAGGAGCUGGAGCAGCCGGCGAGCGCUGCAGCUCGCCAGCAAGAUUCUGACUUUGUAGAGCGACAAGUACUGUUCGUGCAGCAGAAGUUGCGGGCAUUAUGGCAGCGAAAGCGCGGUAUUGGUGCGGAGAUCCCCCGAAUCCCUUUCUACUGGGUCUUCUCGAAGCUAUUGCGGCUCAUCGAGGAGUAUCCAGAUGGUCUCACUGAGGCGGUGGUGGUCACGGAACUGGCCAAAUUACUAAAGCAGAGUGAGGCUGGAAACACAGAGCAAGAAGUGGGAGCUCCGAGGAAGAAGAGAAAGAUUCGAGACGACGAGGACAUGGGGGAUCUGUUGGCUGAAGGGGAACAGGAGGCUCUACAGGCCAAAGUCGCAGGCUACGGCAACCACCGACUGACUAUUGAAAUGGAGAACGCGAAGGAUAUUACGGCUCACAUGUAUUUGCACCAGAGAUUCCGGUCGUGCGUAGAUUUCCUGCAUAGUAAUAUGCAGUAUGAACCUAGUAGUAUAGCCACGUUCCCUUUCCAGUCAGCACGUGAGAUAGCAUUCACCAAUGCAAAAUUAUUGGAGAGGAAGGAAGUGGGCAUGGCAAACAAUGAUCGAGUCAAGUUUACACUAUUACCAACGUCAUUCCUAACUACACGACUGGAUGAAUCGAGACCGCUGGAUCGGAAGCUAUUAGCUGAUUCCAUUAGUCUGAACCAAGUGGAUCAGUUGGUUGGUGGAGCUCAAGACCCUGCUGCUAUUCAGCAGUUGAUGGUGAAGGCCAAGGUACUUGAUAUCGGCGCAAUUCGACCAUGCCAGACGCCGCUGUAUGUGCAUCGACAAGUUAUUCUACUGGGCGAAAUUGAUCAGAUUAAUUCACGGGUUCCUGUUGGGGCGACGCCGAACACCCAGAAACUAACACAAGGUCUGCACUUGAUGGUUCUAUGGGACGAUCAAGUGGCACUCAGUCGUCUGUUUCGAGUUGGCGACACGCUCUCGAUUUUCCAUCCAUUUGUGCACGUGUGCGACCAGCAUGACGCCGAGAUUGUUCACAUUUUGAACGAAUAUUCUUCUCAACAGCGACUCGUAUACUACUUCGAGUACGGCAGUGCUACGGUUUUAUUCUGCAAGCCAUGUCGAGUUGGUACUGUUAAAACAACGACCCCGGCACUUCAAGACCACACCGAGAUAGAGCGGCCAUUAUCUCGCUUGGAAGAGAUCAAAUCAGGCUGGAACAACUUCUCGUUGUAUGCUCAUGUGAGAAGCAUAAAAGUCUCACACGGCAUCCCGCUACUUGCAGCGUUCUUUUACGCGUAUUACGAUGCGAAGACAAACCAGCCAGGUGAUAUGACCACAAAAAUGCCUCCUCCAUUGGACCGCUCGAUUGUAUCCAAGUACUAUUUAGUCGUGAUGCUUCAAGUGUACAUAUCGUCCUCCAAGCGUUUACUGACGAUUGAAGUCACUGGUGGGAAUGCAUUGACUGCAUUACGUCUUCUCCCAGGACAGAGCGUCUUCUUAGAUGGACUUGUGGCGAUGGAUAUCCAGUCCAAACCAGUGAGACGGUUCCGUGAGCGUGCAUUUAUACCAUCGACUGCAUCAGCUCCAGCUGAAUUUGCCUUCCCGACGAAUGCGUACAACACUUGUUCGUCUUCCACUGUCGUGCUGUGUUCGGAUUGGGAAAGCAUUUUCGGAAAGCAGUCCCUAUUCAGUAAUAGUUCCAAGCUGACAGUGGUGAACACGACCUCGGGCCUCAUGAAUACUACGCUGGAUCGGUCAACAACUCUUCAUAGUGUCGCAAUGCACCCACUCGCGAUGGUCGAAAUGACUGUAGCAUCAGUCGGUUGGCUGAUUCCUGGCAGUGGAAGGUCAAGUUCAAUCGACAAAACUUGUGAGAAGGGACAAUCCGCUACGUGUGCGCAUAAAUCUUGCUAUCGACCAUUGGAAAUGAUGUCGAGAGAUCCAAGUGCACCCGGACUGCCUAAGUGGAAGUGCUCCUUUUGUCAGGAAGUUUUUUUCGGAUUGGAAGACACAGUACAGACCUACCGCGACUUGGCGGUGACAUUAGAGAACGGGCGAUCUCAGACGUCUCCAGUGCUGGUCUUGUGUCAAGGAGAUACAGUGGAGAGUCUACUGGGUCUCCCGUCUGACGACUAUGUGCAACUGCCUCUAGCGGAGAAGCGCACCACACUCGAACGAGUAGUAGGGAACACGUUCCGAAUCGUGGUAUCUCGAUGUGAACCUCGCCACGUCUCGACAUCAUCGACAUCUUCUAGUAUCGAGGCUAAUACGUCCAUUCAUCUGCGAAUGGACAUGGUACAGCCUGUAGAUACGUUCGCGGCAGCUCACCACCUUCUUGUAGCUCUUCACAAGAAAUUGUAG